AAGCAGUCGUUGCUCGUGGGUGCCGGGAGGUAAUAGACAUUUACCAGGAUACCCGCGAAAAUUUUCUGCUCGAUACGAUUAAAAUGAAUAUUUAUGGAAGUUUUGGUGUUAUUUUCACUCAAUACAGUCAAUAAUUUAUUAUUUCAAUACGUUUACUUCCGGGUGAGCUUUUUUUAUUUUGAUUUACAUUUAUGUUUACGGUUAUACUGAUACAGACCUAGUGAAGUAGAGGUUCACACGAUACUGAAGAAACGACGGAUUCAAGGAUGCUUAUGAGCUAUCUCAUCAUUGCCGGGGUAGCUGCGGUAGUUUCCUCGGCCGGUGGUCAUGGUUUUGAUGCUCAUCUUCGUGGACCAAGUUUUCUUAUUGAACCACCAUCCAGAAUUGAAUUCUCAAAUUCAAGUGGCGCUUGGCUAGACUGCGCUGCAUCCGGCAGCCCAACUCCAAACAUCGACUGGUCUACCGCCGAUGGACUUCCGGCCGGUGACGUACUCGGUGUUCGAAGAGUGCUCAGGAACGGAACCCUUGUACUUCUUCCGUUUCAAGCAGCGGCAUUCAGACAGGACGUUCACAGUGCAGCUUACAGAUGUGUGGCUAGUAAUUCAGUUGGUCGGAUACUCAGUCGUGAUGUCCAAGUUAGAGCAAUUGUGACUCAAGCGUAUACAGUUGAUGUCGAAGUAGUUGAAGGAGUAUCACGAGGCUGCACGGCAAUUAUGAGAUGUGUUGUUCCAAGUCACGUAAAGGAUCUUGUGCGAGUAGUAUCUUGGUUACAAGAGCCAGCGUUCCAUAUAUAUCCAUCUCUUCAAGGAGAUGGUAAAUUCCAUUUGCUACCAACAGGUGAACUUUUGAUCCAUGGUCUCGAGUUCAGUGAUCAAUUCUUGAGUUAUAGAUGUAGGACGAUGCAUCGGCUAACAAGACAAGUGGUCGUAAGUUCUUCAGCAAAUGUCAGAAUAGCAGAUCACAGAGGGGUCAUACCACCAACAAUCCUGGAGCAUUCUGGAGUUAUGUACGUUGGUCAAGACGAGUCAACAUCCUUGGUCUGUGUAGCCAAAGCUUGUCCCACACCUGAAUAUAGGUGGUACGCCCAAACAGGAGGAGAGCAAAUGCCGGUAUUGUCCGGUCCGAGGACGAGAUUGCUGGGACCCGUAUUAGCCAUCGAAGCUGUUACUUUAUCAGAUAGUGGCGUAUAUCAAUGUGUCGCAUCUAAUCUUGGUGGCGAGACCAGUGUUGAACUCAGACUGAUGGUAAUGGUUCCCUUGAACGUCGAGGUCUCACCAUCACUGUUAAGUGUCCACUUAGGUGGCAACGCAGAAUUCACUUGCAUCGUUAGCACACAUUCGCAAGCUGGUCAACACUUUAUCACAUGGUUUAAAGAUGGAAGACAACUCCCGGGUGCUGGUAGACAAUCUGAAACAUUAACUCUUAAUGGAAUUAAUCGUGAAGACCGUGGCAUGUAUCAAUGUAUAGUGAGACGAGGUGAUGAUACUUCUCAAGCGUCGGCAGAGCUUCAAUUAGGAGAUGCACCACCAGUUCUUCUGUAUUCCUUUAUCGAGCAAACACUUCAACCGGGGCCAGCAGUUUCACUAAAAUGUUCAGCAGCUGGGAAUCCGACGCCCCAAGUGAGUUGGGCAUUAGACGGAUUCCAUUUACCAACAAUUACGAGGUUUGUUAUUGGACAAUACGUAACCGUCCAUGGCGAUGUGAUUUCACAUGUGAAUAUAAGUCAAGUUAUGGUAGAGGACGGUGGAGAAUAUUCCUGCACAGCUGAAAACCGAGCUGGAAAAGUCACUCAUGCAGCACGUCUUAAUGUUUAUGGUUUGCCUUACAUCAGAACUAUCCCAAAAGUCACAGCAGUUGCUGGUGAAACGCUACGUUUAAAGUGCCCAGUUGCUGGUUAUCCAAUUGAAGAAAUAAAAUGGGAGCGAAGUGGGCGUGAACUGCCUGAUAAUCUACGACAGAAAGUUUUGCCUGAUGGUACUUUAGUCGUAUCCAGCGUACAAAAAGAGUCGGAUACCGGAACUUAUACUUGCUGGGCAAGAAAUAAGCAAGGACAUAGUGCUAGAAGAUCUGGAGAUGUCACAGUAAUUGUUCCCCCAAAAAUUAGCCCAUUCACGGCGGAUCGUGAUCUUCAUCUUGGAGAACGUACCAGUUUUACUUGUUCAGUUACAAGAGGUGAUCAGCCAGUCAGAAUCAGCUGGCUAAAAGAUGGCCGCUCUUUAGGACCCUCUGAGCGGGUCUCCAUCACCAAUGUCGAUCAGUUUAAUAGCAUACUGAUGAUUGAAAGUUUAUCUCCAGAUCACAAUGGGAAUUAUUCUUGUGUUGCCUCUAAUCCGGCUGCCGAGGUAUCACACAUGCAGCAACUUGUGGUUCAUGUACCCCCUAUAAUUGAGCCAUUUAACUUCCAAGAGGGACUCUCGGAGGGGAUGCGGACCCGGACGGUGUGCGGGGUCGCGGCAGGUGAUCAACCCCUCACUAUAUCCUGGCUCAAAGAUGGUCAUAGUCCUUUUCAGUUAUCACCAAAAGCUUUGUCCGAUACUAGUAUCUCCCAGCUAGACUCCUAUUCCAGUCUUCUCAGUUUGUCGAACUUGGCAGCUGAGCAUUCAGGCGACUAUACCUGUGUUGCCGCGAACCCCGCCGCUGAAGUCAGGUACACGGCCAAGCUUCAGGUAAAAGUACCACCACAUUGGGUUGUUGAACCAAUGGAUACUAGUGUCGAAAGGAAUCGACAUGUUGCAUUACAUUGUCAAGCUCAAGGUGUGCCAACACCUAUUAUUAUUUGGAAAAAAGGCACAGGAGGCAAAUCGGGAGAGUAUGAAGAAUUACGGGAAAGUUCGUAUAUAAAACUUUUAAGUAACGGUACAUUAGUACUUCAACACGUAAAAGAAGACAGAGAAGGAUAUUACCUUUGUCAAGCAAGUAAUGGAAUUGGUACGGGUAUUGGCAAAGUAGUACAGCUACGAGUUAACUCUUCACCCUAUUUCGCUGCACCGUCAAGACUUGUAACGGUUAAAAAAGGUGACACCGCGACACUUCACUGUGAAGUUCAUGGCGAUAAGCCUGUAACAGUAACUUGGCUAAAAGGCGGGAAGAUUGAAUUGAACCCUUCUACAAAUUAUAGGGUAACAACAAAAACAGAAAUCACUCCUGACGGCGUAGAAGGUCAAUUACAAAUUUCGUCAACAGAAGCAUCUGACAGUGGUGCUUAUUUCUGUCAAGCAAGUAAUUUAUAUGGAAGAGAUCAACAAUUAGUACAACUCCUUGUACAAGAACCUCCACGCCCACCUCAUGGUUUAGAAACUGCGAUGAUCGCACCACGGAGUAUUAAUGUCAAGUGGCAACACAAAGCUCAAGACACUAGUGAUGUUUCGAAAUAUAUUCUUCAGUAUAAAGAAGGUGAAGGGGGUAUGUGGCAACAGCAAGAACUUUCUGGACCUCCUCUACCAUAUGCCGCAUUAAUAGAUGAUCUGAAACCAGCUACAAGAUACACAAUACGAGUUAUUGCUGAAGGCCCUGCUGGUCGAUCUGCUCCAUCAACAGAGCUUGUUGUUAAAACAGAACCUCAAAGACCUGCAGGACCUCCCAUUAACAUUGCUGCAAGACCUAUAUCCCCAACAGAAAUUAUUGUAUCAUGGUCACCACCGUUACCAGAGUUACGACAUGGUGAAAUUCAAGGUUUCAAUGUUGGAUUUAGAGAAUCCAGUGGUGGAAAUCCAUCAUAUAAUUUUACAUCAGUCCUCGGUGAUGGUGAAGAUGGAGCCGGUGAAUUACGUUUAACUGCAUUACGACCUUAUACAAGAUAUACUAUCGUUAUUCAAGCUUAUAAUCAAGUCGGAUCAGGACCUUUAUCUGAACCAUUACCCACACAAACUUUAGAAGACGUACCUAGUAAACCACCUGAGGACAUUCGCUGUGCUUCCCUCACAUCACAAUCUUUACAAAUAUCUUGGAAAUCACCUCCAGCUGCUUUUACAAAUGGAAAUAUCCAAGGAUAUAAAGUUAAUUAUGAACCAGUAUUAUCAGACUCAUGGCUUGGUAUCGAUGAAAUGGAAAUUCGAAAGACGGGAAGUAUGACUAUGACGUUAGCGGGACUCAGAAAGUAUACAAACUACAGUAUACAAGUAUUAGCAUACACUAGAGUUGGGGAAGGUGUUCCAUCAAGAAUUAUGUACUGUCGUACAAAGGAAGAUGUACCAGGAAGUCCAGCAGAUAUAAAAGUUGUUGUGAGUUCACCACAAGCACUAUUUAUAUCGUGGCUUCCACCUCUGGAGCCGAAUGGUGAUAUUACUAAAUAUAAUCUUUACUCAAGAAUUAUGGAUGGUCGCGAAGAAUUAAAUCAUGGAAAAAGAGUGUUGCCUGCAACAAAUACAUUCUUCGAAGUAACAGGUCUACAACAAAGAGUUGAAUAUCAAUUUUGGGUCACAGCUAGUACUCGUAUAGGAGAAGGACAAAGCUCCACAGUUGCAGCGGCUAUGCCAAAAAACCAUGUCGUUGCAAAAAUAACUUCAUUUGGGAGUCAUAUUAUAAGACCAUGGCAUGGUUCAGUAACAAUGGCUUGUCAUGCAGUCGGUGAUCCUUCUCGACAAUGGUUUAAAAGUCUUGUAGAAGAAAUACAUACUGAUUCUACAAAAAGUAUACAAAUUUUACCGUCUGGAGAGCUUAUCUUGUCUAAUAUCCAAGUUCAAGAUGCUGGAAAUUAUACUUGUCAAGUCGAAAAUGCACUAGGAAGUGAUCGACUUCAUUACGGUCUGACUGUGCAAGUUCCACCAAGUGCUCCUGUUUUAUAUGUAACAAGUUCAACUUCAAGCAGUGUUCUCCUUCACUGGAAGCCUGGAUAUAAUGGUGGUUCACCAUUAACUGGAUAUACUCUUCACUAUCGCACAACUCAUGGAAAUCUUGAUGAGUUACAAUUAUCUCGACGAGCAACUAAUCAUGAACUAAAAGGACUUCUUUGUGGCAAUAUGUACCAUCUUUAUCUUACGUCUCAUAAUAAAAUUGGCAGCAGUCAACCAUCUCCAGUUCUUUCAGUUCGAACACAAGGUCAAGCACCUGGUAUUCCACCAGCCGCGGCAUUUUUGGCACCAAAUUCAACUUCUCUAUCGCUCCGUCUUCAUACCUGGCCUGAUAAUGGCUGUCCAAUCACUCAUUUUGUUAUUCAGUAUCGUCCAGUAAAUGAAUUUCAUUGGACAUUAGUUUCUAAUAAUAUCCAAACGCAGCGAAGAUUUAUUGUUACUAAUUUAUCGCCAAGUACUGUUUAUCAAUUAAAAGUUGAAGCUUAUAAUGUUGCUGGAAGUAACCAAGCCGAAUUUAAUUUUGUAACAUUUACUAAAGACGGUGAAGCGCCGCCACCAGAACUAUCUGAACGAGGUAUCACGUCUUCUCUGCCAUUUUAUAUUGAUAUUAGGGUAAUGUUGCCAAUAAUUGUAGCGGCUUUUGCAUUACUGGCAGUUUGUGUAGUAGUUGGUGUGAAGUGGAAAACAAAACAGUUGAGAGAUCGGCAGCAGCGGCCGAUGAAAGAGAGUCAAGAGAAUCAGCAAAACGCAGAAACUCAGAGAGAACGGUAUUAUGCAACAAUCCACAAGGUUGCACUUCAACAGGCUACUAAUACCGGGGCAACAGAUAAGAUUCCAGAGACAGCGGAGGACAUCUCGCCGUACGCUACGUUCCAGCUUUCGGAAGGGGGCGGGGGAAGCCUGGCAGGACUAGGUGGUUUGGGAGGUCUGGGCGCCGCGACGGAAGUAUCAGGAGCCAGUCUUCAUCCCAACAAUACACUUCUUCACAGCUUUAUGUAUCACGAGCAUGCGAUGACGGAGGGUUGCGCGAGUCCGCCACCACCAGCAACGAGUAUGAAGAGUGUGUCAUCGCGACGGCGUCAACAGCGGAAGCAACAUACGCCAGGAGACGACAGUGACGAGAGCGAAUCCGACCCGGAUCAGUUGUCACGUUCCAGAACGGAAUCGUCCAAUCAACUGGAUGCCGGCAAACUCAAGCACAUCCGAGCAGUUUCGGAUUUCAUUUACCACGGUACAUCGAGCACGUCGUCGGAUAUUUCACCAAUGUGCGAACAGAAAUCAUUGCCUAGACGAGGACGGUCCAGAUGGCACGUUCCCAGCAGGAGUUCUCUACGAAUGCUGUUGCCGCCAAUGUCUGUAGCCGAGACAGCGUUCGUGAGUAGUCAAGGGUCUGCUGUUCAGAGAAACGGAAACGGAGAGAGAAGUGAUCGACCAGAACUUAGUGAGGCUGAAUGCGAUAUUGAUUCACUAAAGAAGCCUAAGCUUGGAUUAAGAAGCUCUCUCUGGUCAAGACCAAGCACUCAAAAUAAUCCAUCCUCUGACUAUUCAAUCGCCGUCUGAAUUUCUUUGUAUUUUAUUAAAUAUCUAUCAGCCAACCAUUUAUGACAUUUACAAAUAAUUUUAUAAUAUUCGUCAUGGCUGUUUAUUAUUUAAAAACAUACUUUCAUCGAAAGUAUUUUUGAGACUAGUGAUAGACUGAAGAUGUUGACCAUUCACUAGUAAACUACAAACUGCCACAAUUUAUGAUCCAUGUCUUCCUUUGUAUAUUUUGGAUUCAUAAGGCCAACUAUCCUACAUUCUCACUGCCAGUCCAUCGAAUAUACGGCUUUUUUUAUAAUGUAUAAAGCUAUUUCUACUAAUUGCUAAAAAUUAUAUUAUUUCAUUUUAUAGACAUUUAUUGAAAAAUAAACAGCCACGAUGAAAAGUAUGAAUGGAUAAAUGUUUGACUGUUUCUAAAUUAAUGAUAAGUGAAUUAGUUUAAAAAUAUUAUAUGUGGGAAAACUGAUUUGUGCCAAAUGACAAUUUGCUCAGCCCGUUUACGAUUAUUUUCAUAAAUGGGCGACCCAUUCGAGACCAAAGACUUAUUCCAAAUAUUCGUACGAAUGGUGCAGCAUUUAAUAAUUAAAAAAUUUCUAAAAAAGCCUAUCAAGUAGUAAUUCAAAGAAUUGAGUUUUUAUAAAAAAAAAAAAAAUAUUUAUCUAUAAUAAGGUUCAAACAAUAAAUGUAAAAAAAAGCAUAUUAAUAUGUAGGUAUACAAUAAAACCAACGUGAUUCGAUAGGCAUUGAUUGUUAUUAUUUAUAAUAAUGAACUGACAAUGUUACUUUAUUAUAUUGUAAGAUUUAAAUUGUGUUUUAGAAUAUAUUUUCUUUAGUUAAAGUCCGUUACCUAUACAAGACUUAAAAUGAAAAAUAAUAAUAAGCGCAAGAAACAAUGUCGAUCGCGACUGGAUAAUUAAUUGUGAAAUUAUUAAAAACUAAUUCAUGUUCGUCGAAUUUAGUAAAUAAUAAAAGAAUGAUGACAUAGCCUGAUAUCUGAGGAGGAAAAUAUAAUAAAGAGGAAAAUAUAAUAAAGAACUUUUUACUGUAAAGUAAAUUUAAGUUAAAGAAAUGUGUAUAUAAAAAAAUGUACGUCAAUCAAACGAAAUUCAAUUUAAAUUUAUUAUAAAUCGUUCUAUUGGGGUGUUCAGAUCAUAGAAAUAAAUCUUUUGUACAGGUUUUCUUAAUGCGCACUGUUAAACAAUCUUUUUUCUAUGUCUCAUAAGAAGCAUAUCUUUUAUUUAUUAAGGCGGUUUUGGUAUCAAUUCAUUAUAAAUAAAUUAAAAUCAUCAAUGAUUAAUAUACAAAGGGCUACUAAUCAAAUGAAGACAGAAUUAAAAUGUACAAUCGAAAUGUAAAAGAAAUUUAUUCACGAGAAACAAUUAUACUUGCCCUUUAACAGUGGAAAAAACUUGUUUUGAUUCACUCUUUUCGUCUAAGAGUGAGUAGUCAUUACUUUUAUUCAGAGUAGUGUGUCUGAAGAUAAGGAGAACUUUGUUGUUUUCAAGACCGUCCUUGAGUACUAUGUUACAAUAGCUCAUAUAUAAUUGAAAAUUUAAUUAUAUAGAAACGAGAAAGUCGAUCAUUAAAUUAUGAGGAUUUUUUGAAACUUUAAAUACAUUGAUUCAAUACUUACACUAGUAAUUAAAAUUUUUUAUUUCUUUCAUGAAAAUUUUCAUAUGUAAUAACUAUGGACUAAGUUGUAACCAAAAAUAUUACACUUUUUACAAUUAUGUUUACUAUAAGUCAAACAAGUAGUGAAAAAAGACUUUUUUCAUGAUCACAGAUAACAUUAAAAAUUGAUCGUGAGUAUUUAAUAGUAUGAUUAUAAUUAUUGGAUAACACAUACACAAAAUCCUACUCAUUUUAGUUAAUCCCACUUCCACACGGUUUCACCGAUUUCCACUGUUAAUGGGUUAAUAGUACAGUAAAUAUGGUCGACUUAAAAUGAUUAUAAAGUAUAUACUAAAAAAAUUGUUUUAAAUCAUUGUGUCGAUCGUAGAAUCGAUUAAAUAAAAUGAUAC